AUGGACAGUCCGCAGCAAUCAGCAUCUAUCGGCGAUAUGUCUAGGUCCAUCCCGCAACCACCGUUCGACCAACAGGAACAGUUGGUUGUCUUCCACAAAUUUGGCAAACUCAAGGCCAAAAUUCGACGGAGAAUCUGGGACGCGGCCCUCAGAGAAGAGGCCAAGACACGCUUCCUUUUAUACCGAUCCGACAUUGGCGUUUGUCCCCAUGACGAGCUCCGAUCAAGUCUCAUGGAAGUCAACGCCGAGAGCCGAAAGCGGGCGCGCUUGUUCUACAACCUCCAGCUGCCGGUUAGACGUAGUUAUUCUUGUACGGAACCCUCUACGGAACCUGGCAUGCUACCCCUAGUUGCUUCGUUGCGCGAAUCUGAAUGGGCAAGGGGGCGCAAUGGCAAUCGAGACGAUAUGAAUAUGCCAAUUGGCUGUGUUUACCUCCGACCAAGUUCAGACAUCAUCUUCUACAAUACAUUUGUCGAUUUCGACCUCAUUCCUCAAUUGAAUUCAUUCAAACGUUCAGUCGAGUUAACACGAAGAGAUAGAAGGAAAUUUCGUCAUCUGCUAUCGAUCAGAAUCCCCGAGAACGACCCCCUCAUUAUCUACGAUGACUUCCAUGAAAUUAAGGACAGUUUUCCUCGUCUAGAUUAUGUGAUCAGACUAGGAGGCCCCUAUUCCUGGCUCGAUCAUCCCGGUACGAGGGUGGUCCGGACCAUUUUGACCCAGGGAAAGGGGGUCUUCGAGGCUUUAAAAUCAGAAUCGCAUCGAAUCCGUGUCUUCAAAGGCAGAGGCAAUCCUCAGGAAGCGGACACAAGCGACAGAUACGCCGCCUUCGAAACACUUAACGGCACCUUUCAAAAUUUUGAUUUCUAG